UUGUAAAAUUGCACGUACACAUUUAGCAGAACGAGAAACUUCUGCACUCGAUUUGUUUUUCACGAAAACAUUACUUUUAAAGAGAAAAUCUUUGUAAAAUGGCUCUUCAAUCAGAAGUUGUGUCUACUUCACCGUUUCCAGGGCAGAAGCCUGGUACUAGUGGUCUCCGCAAGCCAACAAACACUUUUUUAACGCCGAAGUAUACAGAGAAUUUCGUCCAGAGCACACUCGCUGCGAUCGGCGACAAGUUAGCCGGUGCUGACCUGGUAGUGGGCGGUGACGGUCGGUAUUUCAUGCGACAAGCAGUCAACAUAAUUAUUCAAGUUGCAGCAGCCAAUGGGGUAAGGAAGCUAAUCAUUGGUCAGAAUGGUAUUCUUUCGACUCCUGCUGUGUCUUGUCUUAUUCGUAAACGACAAGCCUGCGGUGGAAUCAUUUUGACAGCCAGCCACAACCCUGGUGGACCCAAUGGUGAUUUUGGCAUCAAAUAUAAUACAAGUAAUGGAGGUCCUGCUCCAGAAAACAUCACCAAUAAAAUCUAUGAGAUCAGUGAGAAGAUCACUGAAUAUAAAAUAUGUCGAGGUAUAGAAGUUGAUCUCAGCCAGAUCAAGAUAUCAGAGUUUCAAGUAGAUGGAAAGCCUUUCACUGUUGAGGUCAUAGAUUCUGUAGAAGAUUAUCUAGCAUUGAUGAAGGAGAUCUUUGAUUUUGGAGCCAUCAAGAAGUUAUUGGAUAGUGGCCUGAAAGUUGUCAUCAAUGCAAUGCACGGAGUCAUGGGGCCUUACGUGAAGCGUACAUUUCACCAGGAGUUACAGGUCCCACUGGACUGCUGCCUGAACUGCAACCCUAGUGAGGACUUUGGAGGUCAUCAUCCUGACCCCAACUUGACCUACGCAGCUGACCUCGUAGAGCUCAUGAAGAAAGGGACUUAUGGCUUUGGGGCUGCUUUUGAUGGCGAUGGGGAUCGUAACAUGUUGCUUGGUGAGAAUGCGUUCUUUGUCAAUCCCAGUGACUCAGUAGCAGUGAUUGCAGCCAAUGCUAGCUGUAUACCUUACUUUAAGAAGAACCCUGUUCAAGGAUUGGCUAGGAGUAUGCCAACAAGUGGUGCUAUGGAUAGGGUAGCCUCUAUAGACAGUAUGACCCUCUUCGAGGUUCCUACUGGCUGGAAGUUCUUUGGUAACCUCAUGGAUGCAGGACGACUUUCCAUCUGUGGCGAAGAGAGCUUUGGGACGGGGUCCAAUCACAUCAGGGAGAAGGAUGGUCUAUGGGCGGUCCUAGCCUGGCUCUCAAUCCUGGCCUCCAGGGGACAGACUAUGGAGCAGGUCCUGCAGGAACACUGGAAGAAAUACGGACGCAACUUCUUCACAAGAUGGGACUUUGAAGGUGUACCUGACAAACCAGGGACUAAGUGGAUGGACAACCUAAGGGACAUGGUAUCCAAGGACAAGGUCAAGGAAUUAAUAGGAAGGUCAUUCACCAAAGGAUCUAAGACCUUCAGGAUAGCCCAGGCAGAUGACUUCAGAUACACCGACCCUAUUGAAAACAGGCUUACUCUCAAACAGGGCAUUCGAGUAAUCUUUGACGACGGCUCCCGUGCAAUAUUCAGGCUGAGUGGGACGAGUAGCUCGGGCAAGACCAUUCGUAUGUACAUCGAUAGCUUUGAGUCUGACCAGUCCAAGUAUGGCAUGGAUUCACAGGAUGCAUUGCGCCCUCUUGUGGAGAUUGCAUUAGAGGUCUCACAAUUCAAAGAGUUUAUUGGCAUUGACAAGCCCACUGUCAUCACAUAAAUUUAUAUAGAUAUAUAAUUAUAUAGAUAUUUUUUAGGUUACUGUACUAGUCUUUGUUUUCCAGCUCAAAAUGAAAUCUUGUUUGAAAAUUUUGUUAGUGCAUGGCACCACCGAGGUUGUUUCUGUUUUGUAUUUUCAUUAUAUUUGCCCUUUGCUUAGCAAAAUCAUUUCAUUUUAUUAUGUUUGUGAAAGUGAACUAAAGUUAAAUCAUACAACAAUUAGGAAUAUCCUAUCACCUCUCUGGUAUAGUGGAUUCAACUUUGCAGUGUUCCCUUGGUAGGGAUAAAAGAGGUUUCAUAUUUCAAAAUUAUUUCAGUAUAUUUUUAUUUCAUAACUGUAAUUACUGGUAAUUAAAUUCUUCCAAAUUUAUAGCAUUUUGUUAUCUUUUAAUAUACCUCACAAAUUCAUAUGUUUCAAUUAUUAUCAAAAUUCAGUUAUUGGAGCAUUUUCAUCAUUAUAGACCAGUGUCCUAUAAGCACAAAAAAAAGAAAGAAAAAAAAAACUGAAACAUUGUACUGCCAUUCCCUAUUGCAUAUGUCUGAUAUUAAGUGAUAUCAACCUUCGAUACUGAUAUCUGAUUGAUUGCAUUUUGGGUUUACCCUUCAGUCUGAAUGGCGUGACACAAUAUCACUAAUUCUCUAUUAUUUUUUAGAUUUUAACAAUAAGAAAGUGAUUACUUUGGCGUAAACGCAAAAAAGCGCACCUGCAGAACCGGAAGUUUACUUCCCAAGAGUUAAAGGUACGCCACAGGUGGCCAGAUUCCAACAGCUCUAUGCAAGAGGGAGAAUUGACAUCGGUUUCAAUUAUGCAGCAAACCAUUUACUAAAGAGUUGAAAUUAAUUGUAGGUUUGAUAUUUAUUGUAGAGUAUACAAUAUCUUGCGUUACAGAGCACAUGUGGUUUAAAACUUUUAAUUUCUUUGAACAGUACUGAUUUUCUGAAAGUCAUUAGUUCUUCCCUAGUGCUGCUUCUAUGAAGUAUUCUUGAUAUUUGUCCAAGGACAAUAUCACUUUUUUCCAAAUCAUUGAUUUUCCACCAGGAAUAUGAUUGUGGCACUCUGUAAUUUGUAGAUUUUCAAUACCUACCAUCCAUGCCCAUGUCUAUUGUCAUGUAAUAUUGUAACAUACCUCGAUCAUGUACCCUUCAAUAUUCCUUUUCAACUUUUUAAAAAUGAAAAUACACAUUUUUUAAUGUUUUAUCAAGAAUUAAGAUAAAAAACUAUUUCACGUUUCAAUCUGAAGACAUGAGAAUAUAUUCAAACCUGUAUAGAGGCUGGGUGAUUAUCCUAUUAAACCAGUGUUCUAGCUCGAGACUUAUUAGUGGUGCUAGCUAUUUCACAACAAAACAAAGUUUUUUUUUUCGACUGAGUUGGUGUUUAUUAUGAUGAAUGGUGGUCAGAAAUCUUAUUUGCCAGUUGGGUCAAACCACUGUUGACCAUCAUAGGUAUAAAACUGGCUAUGACAUGCAUUUCUAUAGUCCCCAGCCAUAUAUUGGAAUAUAGUAUACUCUUUGGUCUAGUUAAUCUCGGGUUGCCCAAAUAGUAAACAAUCUAUUCGGGUUUGAGACAUCAGCAUACUCAUCAUUAUUCACAUAAAGCAGUAUUAUUAAAUGGAUGCAUGCUGAUUACAAGAUAAAAUAUACAAUGGUCACUGUCCCAUUGGAUUUCAGUAUUACGGAUAAAGAUAUUCCAUAUGACAUGUAAUGAGGUAAUAUGCAGGGAUGUGUGCCCAGGGUCCCGUAACACAAAGUUUAGUGAUUAAUCAUACACUUGAUUAUCACGAUUGAUUGUACAUUGUAGUCAAUGC